AUGGCUAUUCAGGUAGGAGAAAAUAAUUCCACUGGACUUCAACUAUUCAAAGCCUGCGGUUUUCGCUUACCUAGUCCUGUUUUUACAAACACAAAUAAACUCUAUAUUCACAUGUAUAAUUCACAAAAAUCUACUUCUUACUUCAAAUAUAAUUUCUUAUAUCUGUCUUCGGAAAAUGGUAAGGGUUGUGGUGGAAAAAUGUUCAACUACAUGGGAAAAUUUUCUAGUCCCUUGUACCCAAACCUUUAUAGGAAAGAUAUUGAAUGUACUUGGAAUGUGAUGGUUCCCAAAGGUUAUAAUGUUGCUUUCAAAUUCACAGAUUUUAAUAUUGGCGGUGUGUGUCUUCAAAACAAAGUAGUUGUUGAAACAAAUACUGGAGGUGUAGAAACGGAAAGUUCCUUCUGUGCAGAGGGUUUCGGAGAAAUUACCAAUUCGAUCGCCCUGUUUUAUCCUGAAGUGGAAAUAGUUGCGUUAAAUGACAUUGAAUUAUCGCCCGAGUUUAUGAUAGAAAGUAUUAUAGAUUUCUGCGUAGGAAGGAAUGAACUGCAACCGCGAGGAGUUUUAGCAGAAAAUGCCGAAUAG